ACACUCCAACACUACUGAUGGCGGAAAUGCAUCAUAAGCUGGUUUGCCAACCGCAAUAAAACAUUAAAGAAGAUGGGGUGUGACGUAAAUGGCGGAGGACGUAUGAUGCUCGCGCUUGUCUAAAUAAAUACACAGACCGCAUAAAACAACAGUUUCCAGAUGUCUGAGGACGUCUAUGAGAAGUUCCUUGCUCCAGAGGAGCCGUUUCCACUGCUGUCACAGCGAGGAAACUUCAGUGAAGAUGCCACACUGGACAUCAGUGACUUUGGGUGUCAGCUGUCAUCAUGUCACCGAACAGACCCAUUGCAUCGCUUUCACAGCAACAGGUGGAACCUGACGUCGUGUGGCACCAGUGUGGCGAGUUCAGAGUGCAGUGAGGAGCUCUUUUCCUCUGUGUCUGUAGGAGAUCAAGACGACUGCUACUCCCUUCUGGAUGAUCAGGAGCUCACCUCCUUUGACCUGUUUCCUGAGGGCAGCGUCUGCAGCGAUGUCUCCUCCUCCAUCAGCACAUACUGGGAUUGGUCAGACAGUGAAUUUGAGUGGCAGUUACCAGGCAGUGACAUAACCAGUGGCAGUGAUGUGUUGUCUGACAUUAUUCCAAGUGUGCCCAGUUCACCCUGCCUCGUUUCCAAAAGAAAAAACAAACUGCACCGGAAUCUGGAUGAGCUGCCCUGGAGCGCCAUGACUAAUGAUGAACAGGUGGAAUAUAUUGAAUAUUUGAGUCGUAAAGUCAGCACAGAAAUGGGUCUUCGGGAGCAGCUUGAUAUCAUAAAGAUAAUUGACCCGAGUGCACAGAUAUUGCCAACUGACAGUGAAUUCAUCAUUGAACUGAACUGCCUCACAGAUGAAAAACUCAAACAGGUAAGGAGUUACAUCCGUGAGCACAGUCCGCGGCAGCGGGCGAGCAUGGUGCGUGAUGGUUGGAAGCGGAGCGUGGCGAGCAGUGGCAGCACCAGUGGCGUAAGUGCUCACAGCAGCAGUAACGCCAGCAUGGUGAGCAGCUCUAGCAGCAGCACUGGAUCCACCAGAUCAAACUCCUCCACCAACAUCAGCCGCGCACACAGUGAUGGAAACCUAGCCACCGCUGCAGAGCGCAUACGAGACUCUAAGAAACGAUCCAAGCAGAGGAAGAUGCAGCAAAAGGUGUUACGUAAGCGACAGCUGAAAGAGCAGAGACAAGCACGUAAAGAGCGAUUGAGCGGUCUCUUCCUCAAUGAAGAAGUGCUGUCACUCAAAGUUACAGAGAAGGAAGACCAUUGGGAUGAUGUUGAUGUGUUGAUGUGACAAUAGUGAAUGAUUCUGUGUUCCUUCUAAGCCUCUUCCAUACAGCAUCAGUCACUUGUCUCUACACAUCUCUCUGCCAUCAGCAGCUAAACAUUACAAAUACACAUCUUUAGUUGUAUUGACCAAGCAAAGUCUCUCCACGGCCGUAACAACUGUCUGACACAAAAUAUCAAAAAUGCAAAAUGCAGUCUGACCAAACAUAUCCUCGUUCAUAUGAUUGAGAAAUUAGGAUUGACGAAAAAAGGUGUCUUGUAAGUAGGGAUGGUCCAAUUGUUUGGCCAUGUCAUCACGUGACUCUGGGGAAUACAGCCCGUUGUAAGUGAACAAACUUGAUUCAGCAGUUAAGAUUGAUCCAGUGUGACAGGUGUGGCGUAUAUGAAAAGCUUGUUUACAAUAUGUGUCUUAAUUAUCAUCUGCAGAGGUAGCUUCUCAUUUUCUGCCAGGCAUAGGUAUGACGAUAAUGACAUAGGUGUCAAGUUGUGGUAUAUUUCAAACAUCUUUAUUAAAUAACUCCAGAGUAGGGAUGUUCCGAUACCAUUUUCUUUAGAAUGAGUACCGAUACUUUAUUUCUGAUACUCACUGAUACCGAGUAUGAUACCUGUUUUUUUUUUUUUCUGAACUCCAUAUCAACAGAUUAUUUCAAUUUUAUCUUCAAAAUUGUGUUUAAAUAAAUGAAUGAAUUAAAACUUUAAUCAAAUAAAAAUAUAACAAUUCA